AUGCCUUCCCCAACACCGGGCCACACGCGCCGCCGCUCACAGCCGGCGAUCACCUCCCUGCUGCCGCGUCUCCGCGCCGCCGCUGGGCCGACCACGCCGCGCCGCCUGCUCCUCCAGUCCAUGGCAGUGGUCCUCACCUCCGGGCUCUCCUCCUCCUACCCCGCGCUCGCCUCCCGCCUCCUCAACUCCCUCCUCCCGCACGUCUCCGCCCGCCGCCUCCCGGCCCUCCUCCGCCUCCUCCCGCCCGACCACCUCACGCUCCUGCUCCUCUCCUCCGCCAAGCACCACCGUGCUCACUCCCUCCCCGACGCCUGCGCGCUCCACGCCCUCGCCGUGUCCUCCGGCCACCUCCCCUCUGACCUCCGCCUCGCCAACUCCCUCCUCUCGCUCUACCUCUCCCACGGCUCCACGGCCUCCGCGCGCCGCCUCCUCGCCGACAUCCCCCGCCCCGACACCGUGACCUGGAACACCCUCCUCCGCUCCUGCCUCCGCAUGGGCCUCCUCCCGGCGGCGCAGCGCCUGUUCGACGAAAUGCCGGAGCGGGAUCUCUUCACGUACAAUUCCAUGUUGUUUGGGUACGUGGCGGAGGGGGAUAUGGCCAACGCCAGGGAGCUAUUUGAUGGAAUGCCCGAGAGGGACGUGGUUACAUGGAACUCAAUGCUUGCUGGGUAUACUCAGUGCGGGGACAUGGAGAACGCCAAGAAAAUGUUUGAUGUAAUGCCUGUGAGGGAUGUUGUGUCAUGGAACUCGAUGCUGGAUGGGUACGCCCAGACUGGGGACAUUCAGAUGGCAAGAAUGGUUUUCGAUGGCAUGCCAAGAAGGAGCACGGUGUCAUGGAAUGUCAUUCUUGCGCUAUACGCAAAGGUGAAGGACUGGCGUGAGUGUUUGAAUCUGUUCGAUGCGAUGAUGGCUGUGGGGGAAAGCAAACCAAAUGAGAAGACAUUUGUGAGCAUUUUGACCGCCUGUGGGAACCUGGGUGAUCUUGAGAGGGGAAGGUGGGUGCAUCGCUUGGUUCGUGAGAGGUGGGAGAGACUUCUUCCUGACGUACUACUUCUUACUGCUAUGCUGACAAUGUAUGCCAAGUGUGGGGUGAUGGGGACAGCGAAGGAGAUAUUUGAUUCGAUGACCGAAAAGAGUGUUGCAUCCUGGAACUCAAUGAUCAUCGGCUAUGGAUUGCAUGGGCACAGUGAGAAGGCCCUUGAGUUGUUCAUGGAGAUGGAGAAGAAUGGGCCUCAGCCCAAUGAGACGACUUUCAUCUGCAUCUUGAGCUCCUGUGCUCAUGGAGGCUUGGUGCUUGAAGGCUGGUGGUGUUUUGAUAGGAUGGUCAGGUUCUACAAUAUUGAGCCCAAGGCUGAGCACUUUGGCUGUAUGAUGGACCUCCUUGGUCGUGCUGGAUUGCUCAGAGACUCGGAGAAGCUCAUCAAGAAUUUGCAGGCAAAGGUGUCACCUGCAUUAUGGGGUGCCCUAAUAUCAGCCUCUCGAACUCAGGACAGCUCCAAACUUGGAGAGUUUAUUGGAACUAAGAUGAUUGAAAUGAAGCCAACAGAGUUCAGCUCCUACGUGCUUCUGUCAAACAUUUAUGCCGCGGAAGGAAGAUGGGAUGAUGUUGAAAAAGUAAGGAAGGUGAUGAAGGAGAAAGUAGUGGAGAAAGAUGUGGGGAUGAGCCUUGUAAGAUCAAGUGAGCCUGGUCAUGUUGCUGAAGAUGAUAUUUCAUAUCAACAGAAUUCUGUGAUGCUUUCACUGCUGGGAGGGAACCUAAUUAGUUGUUCCAUGAGAUUUCCAACAGAGUUUAUGCGUUCUAUUCCGCUAGGUGUAUUUAGGAAGACAGAUGCCAAGUGGAGAUGCUUCCAUGUGAAUACCUCAUGUUUGCUGAUAGUUGGGCAAUUGAAGGAAAUCUUUGUUUUCGUGUACGAGUUGGAGGGUUUUUUGCUAGUGGAUUGGAUUCGAGGAGCAUUUAGGGAUUCUGGGGAGAGCAUACACAGCCAUGGUGGACUUACUGAUAAGCUGGACCGCCAUGUGCAAAUUGAUGUUGAUUCAAACAUAAUGCUCAACUAG